UGAGGCGAGAGAAGACAGAAAAUCGUCUGUUAAUUUAGUGGAAGAGAAAGCAAUUUGACCGGGAAAAGUAAAAUUCAACCAUGCCUCCGAAAAAGAGAAACCCUGACAGUGAUAAUGAUGCACAGAAAAAGAAAAGACGAAAGAGAAAGAACGGUGGAGACGACGGCUUUGAAGACUCGUCGAAAAUCCCCGGCUUUUUGCAAGCGGACAAUGAAGAUGACGAUCAUUCAGUUGAUAUUACUUUGGAAGGCCCACUCUCCUAUGGUGAAUUGUUGAUUUGUGGAGGAACAAACUGGGAUUUAAUUGGAAGAAGUCAAGUCCCCAAAGGAACAAAAAAUGCUGGGGGUCCAAACCUUUGGGGACCAAACCGUGUGGCCAGUAUGAAGGGUGUGAAGGUCAGGACAGUGGCCUCUGGCUGUACAGCGUGUCACAGUGCACUUAUCACCACAGAGGGAAAGGCCUACACUUGGGGUCGUAAUGAGAAGGGUCAGCUGGGUCAUGGCGAUACACUACGCCGGGACGUCCCCACCCUGGUAGAGUGUUUGCAGGACUAUAACAUAAUAGAUGUGGCUUGUGGCAAAAACCAUACUCUCUUCCUAACAGACAAGGGUCGAGUGUUAGCAUGUGGAGACAACAAGAUGGGUCAGUUGGGCUUAGGCUUACAGAGUCCGUUUGUACCUAGUCCAACCAGAAUCCAUUACAAGGGUCCUCCCAUUCGCAAGGUGGCCUGUGGAGGGGAGUUCUGUAUGGUGGCUGACAUUCGAGGAAACCUCUACUCAUUUGGGUGUCCAGAAUACGGACAGCUUGGUCACAACACAGAUGGAAAAUUUUUCGUCACCAGCAACAAAAUGUCUUUCAAGUGUGAGACCUCCCCCAGAAAAGUGAAUGUAUUCAUAGAGAAGGCCAAGGAAGGCUAUGUGGUUCCAAUACCAGAUGUGGAAGUCCGAGACGUGGCUUGUGGAGUUAACCAUACUAUCAUUGUUGAUGCCAAUAAGCGAGUGUUCACCUGGGGAUUUGGAGGCUAUGGCAGAUUGGGUCAUUCUGAACAGAAGGAUGAGAUGGUCCCUAGGCACCUCAAAUAUUUUGAUGGACCGUCCAGAGGUGCUACACAGGUCUUUGCAGGCAGCACCUUUUCUAUGGCCAUCAGUGAACUAGGUGCCUUAUUCUUGUGGGGACAGACCAAGUCCAGUGGGGAGGCAGCCAUGUACCCGAAGCUGGUACAGGAUCUGAGUGGCUGGAGAAUUCGCAGCGUGGCUUGCUGCAACAAGAGCAUCGUUGUGGCAGCAGAUGAGAGCCUUAUCAGCUGGGGCCCAAGUCCUACCUAUGGAGAAUUGGGUUAUGGGGACAGCAAGGCACGGUCAUCCACUACCCCUCAGGAGGUGAAGAUUCUAGACGGACUCUACGUCCACAGUGUGGGUUGUGGGUUUGGUCACACCCUACUGAUAGUGCGAGCUGACACUGAGGCGGACCAACAGAAGCUAGACAAGCUACCAGUCUACUCUCCCUAAACAAACUAACCACUUACCCUAUGCUUUACUGGGCAGGGUGUGAGCCAUUUUUUUUAGUGGCAAUAGCAUUUUCAAUACAAGGCCAGUUAUGAGGGGACACAUGUCCUAAAAUGUUGGACCGGGGAGACGCUGCUGUGGCAAUCAGCCCUGCAGAGGCUGCCACACAGAACAUCAAGGCAGCCAAACUUCACCAGGUGGUGAAUCUAGAAUGCCAGUCCACAAAUGGUUACCUCAGCCUUCUGAAGGCGUAUCAACUGACUAGAGAUGUGACAUAGUUCACAUGUGGAGCAUGGAUCUGGUAGGGCACAAAAAAUGUACAGCUGUGGGUAGCUUUUAGAUAAAGAACUAUACAUGUAUGUAAAUAAACAUAAUAACCAGAUAGAAUCAUCACAUUGCCACCGCUUUAUUUAUGUUCAUUGCCUUGUCCAAUUUCUUGACAACAACACAAGUGAAUGUGCUGGUAACUGUGGACGGAUGGUGGCCAUGUGACUUUUGUACACAAUUCCUAAUACACCAAAUCUCUGUAUUUGAACGGUACAUCGAAAUGGGGCAUGUACAUGUGCAAAUAUAAUGUAGAUCUGUAAAAUAUCUUCACAUAUUUGUACUAAAUCUCCAAGUACAUCUGUUGGUUGAAAUUAGUUUUCGCCGGUCAUGUGAGUUUAAGAGUUUAAGGUAAAUUGUUGAUGUUGUCUGAGCUUCUUUGAAAAGCUAGCAAACCGUGUAUGUGGGAAAGCUGUGUUUUGUUGAUACACAUGUAUGGUGAACCAGAUGGAUCAAGCUGUGUAUAGGUCUUGUCGUGAUGCUCUUGUCCAGUCAGUCGUACCAUUCUUCAAGUAAAACUUAGCAUUAUCAUCUGUAUUUAAUUACAUGUAUACAUUUCAGCUUUAACUUCUAUAUGUAUUAAGAUUAUUUUUUUUUUUUUGUGUGUGCAUCUAUUUUCAUGUAGGGUUAUUUUCUGGUAGGGCAACAUAUAUAAUCAGAAUUGAAAAUUAAUGAUAUGUAUUUGAGGCUGCAGCCAAUGAUCUGUCAAGUUGUGUUUUGAAGCUGCCGUCGCAUUUCGUGUCUUGACAUUUGCAGGAGUAGACAGCCCAAGAACAAGUUACGAUCUGUUUACUGUUUCCAAUCUUAUAGAGAGUGCAAUAAAAGUUAUUGUUUUUAAACAUUGCUUUAAUUUAUUUUGCUAGAUAUAAACGUAAAUUAUGAACAGAUCAAAUUAAUACCUGUUUACCAAGUGUUGUCACAUCUUGUGGUUUCGCUUUCAGUGUUAGAGGUACAAUGUACCGUUGCUGAGUACAGGCUGAUGCAGUGCAAGUAACAACCAUAUACUGUAAUUCUUUGUCCUUUUUGCAUAUUUGCCAAGGGGUUAUUCCAGUAUAUUGUGAGGGAAUAAUUUUGUGUAGACUGAUAAUUUAUACUUGUGUUAUAAGUGUGAAGCCCUGGAAUUUGUCCAUCCUACCAGUAUAGUUUUAUCGCCAAAUCAAAUUUUAAAAAUGCAUAAAUCAUACUGAAAGUUGCUCUUUGAUAUGUGAAAAGGUUGAGAAAUGGAGUGUAUGCAUGUAGUCGAGUCACCUGUAAAUAAUGGUUUCUCCUGUGUUUUCAGGAGUUCAUAGAAGCUUUAUCCUGAACUUGGAUAAAGUUUUCCAGUUUUCGAUAAUCUCUCGAAGUUUUCUACCAAAUGUUAGGAUUGACAUAUAAACAAAAGUCUCUCUAAUAACAUGCAAAUCUCUCUAAAACAUGAUUUUGCCUUUACGUGAACGUCACACCCUGAUCUUCAACAUUUCAAAACCUUUCGGAUGUGUACCACAUUUAGUUUUAGCGCAGGUUUAUUUACCGUACCCAGAAAGUGCAAACAUUUGUAUUACCAAACUUCUGUCUUCUGUCUUCACCACACCAAAUUCUGCCAAAGAGUCAGAAAAAAAAAAACAAACAAAAAAAACAAUACAAACGGAAACUAAACACGUCAUUAAUUUGGAAGAAACCUGUGCACACAUUUUACAAGUACCCUAUUUGGUGCUGACUCAUCGGGUAAUGGUAUACUUUGCAUUUGUCAUGGUUGUUUGGGCCAGUAUUUUCCUGUGAGAUACAAAUCUGAUUGAUCAACUGAUAGUUGUGCUCUCACAGUACAUGUUCAUACUGUAAGUAUAUGUACUUACGAUUUCCCCUUUUUUAAAAAUGUUAAUGGACAACACAGAUGUGGUUGGUCAUCUGAUAGUUCUGUUGUUACAGUACAUGUGUAGCUAUGUGCAUGCAAUUUGGAUUUAAUGCAGGGAAUAGUAAUAAUUUAAAAAAAAAAAAAGAGGUAUGAAAGAAGAGUGUAACUGUAGACAUAAUGCUGCAGUUGUGCUGAUCUGACUCUCUCACAGUGCUACCCAGUGAGAUCACUUACUAAUUGGCCAUUUUGAACGUGUUACUCCAGACCGAUUUUUGGUUCCUUAUAAAAUAACCAAGAUGUGUGGAUUCAAUAGUGCAGCUGGCAGUGUGCAUAUCAUCUCGCCCUUCCUCACUAGAAGAGUAUCGUAGUGCAACAUUCAGUGGUAUACUGGUGACUGCCAUACUUGCACUUAAUACACAACUAAUGCUCAUUUGGGCUCCAUACCCAGCAUUUCCAUAAGAGAACUAGCAUUUGUACAUACACAUGUAUUUCGAAGUCAAAAUUGAAAGCAGGAAUGACUCCUAAUAGAGGGUUAUAUCGUUGGACACCAGUAUUGAGCCAUAAUAUGUCAGUGUGAUAUGAUAGCAUAAUGGAUGUUUCUCAGACAUUGAAAGGUCAUGUUUGUUCGUAAAGAACAUUGCCCCAUAUGUACAUAUAGUUUUUAUAUUUUUUGUCUUACUUAUAUGGAGUUAAAGUUGUCUUUAUUUGUGGCUUAUUGACCACUAUUGUAUAAGUAGGUAGAAUUUGUCAGAUGGAUUAUAAAGCUUUGUAUCAAUGCUGCAGCCAAUCGGGUGCCAGCAUUUCUAACUCAUUUGCAUACCGCAAGGUAAAGGUACAUUUCAUUUUGUAGACAUGACAGUGAGCAAUGUUAUGAGCUAAAGUAGAUAUUGCAAUACGAGGUGUGAUUGUUUAGUGUGUACAUGCCUAUGGUUUGCAUCGAAUUCUGAUAUGGAAGCGCUCUACUAUAGAGUUAUCUCCCUUAGACCAUGCCAUACUUAGGUGAUUGUCAGGUUUACUUCUGUCACUAUGGAAAUGUUUCUGUUCGCUGUAGUAUUGAUAUUUUGCCACUGGCGCACUAUACAUGUGUAAUUUGUAAUAUUCAUGCAACUUUUUUGUAAGAACUUAUACAGGUAUUAUUGGAUGAAUUGUUUUUGAAAUGUGUUUUCUGUACAGACUGUGAGGAAGUUAAAUACAAUAAGAGCAUAAACAAUCAAUCAUGUUGCGGUUCCAGUUAUAAUUUGACUGCAGGCACCUUGAAUCAAAAUGGUAUAAGGACUUUGAAAUUAGACGCAAAGAGAAAUCAUUGGCAGUUUUUCAAUUUUUCAGGGUCAUUUCCUUCAUACAUUACAGGCCACAGUUCAGUUUUUGAAGGCCUGUUAAUAUAAAUGUAAUUGCAACUCACAUUACACAAAGGAAUAUAAUAUAAUGAAAACUUCCCUUAUUUCUCUCCCGUUAAUAUAGUUAAAUCGCGACUUAACAUGAAGACUUGCAGCUGUGUUUUGUGUCAAAAACCGAAGUAAACGACAUUUCAUUGUGGACUAAACUGAACAUCAAGCUGUCCCUACUAUUACCAGUUGAAAAACUGGACCGUGCAUGUGAAAUGUUUUAUUCACGUGGUAUUAAACGUUCGGUCAUCAUGGAUAGACACACAGGUGACCAGUACCUUGUGAACAGUCAACUUAAUAAUUAAGGCUAAUGGUCACCCCCUUUUUCUUUUUUUUUUUUUUCUUUCUCCCAUCAAGUUUGCUCAUUGCAAGAAAACAGGGUAUUAAUUGUACUUACUAAUAAAGAUGGCGGUGUACCGGUAUACUUAGAAGUUUGUCCUUCCUGUGCAAUGGCACAAUUCAUUCUAUGUUCAUGGUGUUUUGAGACUGUGAGAAAGUUAGUCCUCCAUUCCCUCCCCCCUCCCCCCCACCCCCAAGUCUUUAUCAGACACGUAAUGUUUAAGGAUAUAUGUGAAACGCUAGUCAUACAUGCAACAGAUUUGAUGCGUUUGGUUUUAGAAAAUGGUCUUAUAUGACACAAAGACCUCAAUCUCACUAAAAAAGCUAUGCUAUUACCCGUUACUGGUGACCGAGUAACUUAAAUACACAGUGUAAGUAAAACCUGCUUGCAGCCCUCACCUAUGUGGAGGGAUCCAACCUGGAUAUAUAAACAAGUCGGAAUUGUUUCAGUGCACUUGUUCCUGGUCAGCCGUUUUUAUGUACAGUAUAGUGUGCUGUAUCCACUGUCCCUUGGCCACAUCUUCUUCAACUCUUCCAUCCAAAAUGUUUAAAUAAAAUUAACAUGUUCAUGUAAUCAUGUCUCUCAAUAAAAGAACUC